GCCGUGCAGUCCGAAGAGAGAGAGAGAGCGAGAGAGAGAGGGGGGUUUGCGACGUUGCGCGACAGAAGGGACAACGGAGAGCGAGAGAGGACGCGUAGAUUCGGCUAUCUCUUCCUUCCACCGAGUGUCUUCGAUUUGCAUAUCCACUUCCACCCCUUCCUCAUUUGCAUACAGCAAGAAUGGCGAGCGGGCAUCCCACAGACAAAUUCAGUUUCAUGUAUCAACCAGACACGCACAAGAGUAAGAACAGAUUAUCUUCAGGAAUGAAUCCAGUCUACAGCCCCGUUCAGCCUGGCACCCCCUAUGGAAACCCUAAGAACAUGGCCUUCACAGGCUAUCCAGGAGGGUAUCCUGCCACGGCUCCCACCUAUACACCCAACCUCUAUCAAACAGGCAGUCCUGGGUAUCCACCAGGAUACACUGCUGCAGGCACCCCCUACAAAGUGCCCCCAACUCAGACAAACGGAGCACCCCCACCCUACACCCCAACCCCCACCCCCUAUCCGACAGCUAUGUACCCCAUCCGCAGUGCCUACCCUCAGCAGAACCUAUACGCACAGGGGGCGUACUACACUCAGCCUGUGUACGCAGCCCAGCCUCAUGUGAUCCACCAUACUACAGUGGUGCAGCCCAAUAGCAUCCCCUCUACGGCCCUGUACCCUGCCCCCGUCCCUGUCCCUGCCCCCCGCAACAACGGCAUGGCUGCUAUGGGGAUGGUAGCUGGGACCACCAUGGCUAUGAGCGCAGGGACCCUGCUGACAACGCCCCAGCACCCUCCCAUUGGAGCACACCCUGUUACUGUGCCAACCUACAGGCCCCAAGGGACACCUGGGUACAGCUAUGUCCCACCCCACUGGUAGAACCACCAUCAUCAUAUCUGGAGUCCACCAUCGUAUGCAACUGCUCAAAUCUUACAUGGGCUCCCAAUGGCUACCAUGGGAUCUCGGCACCUGUCUGCAAGAACAAACAUAAAGUGCAACAGCCACUUUACUAUCAUUAUUAUUAUGCGACAUUCUUUAAUGUUUUUAAUGUUUAUACAAAAGCUGCUUUUUUAUUUCUUUUUUUUAAUUUGCCAACCAGUCAUUAAUUUUAUUUUAUUUUAUUUUUUACGGAUUUUUUUUUCUUCCAUUUUAUUCCUUUGCUGUGUCUGUCAUUGAAGCUCCAAAAUGAGUCUUUAUCAAUCACGGGUGUCGGUUGCUCUGUUUGUGUUGCGCUGGUGUAUAUGUGGUCCUGCCUGCUACUCAGUAGGCUGGAAUCUAUUGGGCACUUCUUCUUCAUCAUUAUCAUCAUCAUCAUCAGUAUCUUCUUCAUCAGUGAAUACAAUAGCAAUCAUACUCUUCGUCGACUUAUGCUGCCAAAUUUUCAAUUAGAUAUCAGCACAGGGUUUUAACUUAAUUGGGAUAUUAUUAUUUUGUUAUUAUUAGUCGUUAUUUUUAAUUUACAGGUCUUCUCAGUUUCUUUCUUCUAGGCUUAGCCAAAUGGCCUUGGGUUUUUUCCCCUUGACUUUCCUCCCUCCUCAUACGUUCUCCACUUGAUCCUAUCAGUCUGUUUUUAUCCAUCUGGUUUCGGUUCAUAUUUCACUUUUUCUUCUUCGUUUUUUCUUUUCUUUUCUUUUUUUUACGGCCAGGGUUGUCUUCCAGCUUGUAGCCAUCUGUCAGUCAGUAAUACCAGUCUGUCUGUGUUUUCAAAACAAGGUGUGCUGCAUUGUUAUGGCCAGAGCACUUAUAAACCAUUACAGAUUCCUAUCCUGAUAAUUCCCAAUUUGUCCACACUAGCGUAGCACCUAGUAUGCACUAAGAACACACGGAGAAUCUCAUGCUACAUACUAUGCAGGCUAGUUUGUUUUUUGACGCCGUCAUCAUCUUAACCUAGCUAGGCAUCAUUUCUGGGUCCUUCUGGUCAUGUCAGCUUUUUUAUGUG